UUAACAUAAUCUUGUGUGGAACCCCCGUGUUGCUUUCUGUGUUACUGACUAUCCCAAAAAAUGACGUUCCUAGAAGACAGAGAUUUGGAAGAUGUCCCGACGAUACCAGAGUAUUAUAGAGGAAAGACAAUAUUCAUGACUGGUGGCACAGGUUUUAUGGGAAAGGUUUUGCUAGAAAAGCUCCUCUACUCGUGCACAGAUCUAGACAGAAUCUAUUUAUUAAUGAGACCUAAGAAAGGAGUGAACCCUGAAAAUAGAUUGGCUGCAUUGUAUAACCUUCCAUGUUAUGACCGGCUCCGCAACGAGAGACCAGGAGCUUUCGAGUCAAAAGUGUUCUUCGUUGCAGGAGACUGUAGUGAAUUAGGACUAGGUUUAUCAGACGAAGAUCGAACACUGAUUGUAAAUCGCACUAACAUUAUCUUCCACGUUGCUGCAAGCGUAAGGUUCGAUGAUCCAUUAAUAGUGUCAACAAAACUGAAUCUACGAGGCACGCGCGAAAUUAUAGAACUAGCUAAAGACACGCGAAAUUUAGAGUGUUUGGUCCACGUAUCGACCACGUAUUCUAAUACUAACCGAGAUCCUAUAGAAGAGAUACUGUACCCUCCUCUAGCGGACUGGAGAGAGACGCUGGAGAUUUGCGAGAAGAUUGAUGACCGCACUGUAAAUAUUUUAACAUCUAAAUAUCUUGGUGAGAUGCCUAACACGUACGUGUUCACUAAACAGUUAGCGGAACACGUUGUUUAUGAACAGAAAGGAAAACUGCCUAUUGUCAUCAUAAGGCCAUCCGUAGUAAUAUCAAGCUACAAAGAACCAACGCCUGGAUGGAUUGACAAUUUUAAUGGACCAGUGGGUAUUCUUGUUGCCAGUGGAAAAGGUAUUCUUCGUACUCUGUAUGCAAACCCUGAGGUAACUGCUGAUUAUAUACCAGUGGACGUGGCAAUUAGGGGGUUAAUAGCUGCAUCGUGGAUUCGAGGGACGAAGAAACUCGAACCGUUGGACGAUAUACCUGUCUACCACUGCUGUGCCAGCUCACUGAACCAAAUAUCUGUGGAUGAAAUAUUUAAUAUUGGCCACAAAAUUAUCGCCACUUAUCCACUGGAUGGCACGAUUAUGAUAGCUGGUGGCUCAAUAUCUUAUUCCAAAUUUAUACAUUUCACUAAGGUAUUACUGCUACAUGUUCUACCAGCCCUUUUAAUCGACUCUUUAUUGUGGUUAUGUGGUAAGAAAACAAUGGUUCUUAAGAUCCAACGCCGGAUAUAUUCAGCGAACUGUGCAUUAGCGUACUACCUCACGCAACAGUGGUCAUUCUCCAACAAAAACUUCAUAAACCUCCGGUCCAAGCUUUUGAAAGAGGAUGAGGAACAGUUCUACUAUGAAGUUGAAGAUAUUGAUAGAUUUAAUUUCUAUACAAACUCCUGCAUUGGCGCUAGAAGAUAUUUAUUAAAAGAAAAAGACGAGGAUCUGCCUGCAGCCAGGGUUCUUUACAAAAGAGUCGCGUUUUUUGACAAAGUGGUCAAAUGUUUGUUCUACGCCUGCUUACUUUGGUGGGUCUUACGCAGUGACUUUGUCCAAAGUCUUAUCGAUAAUGUAUCAUCAUAAUAUGUCUCAUGAUUAUACUUUACAGAGAGACAUAGUGAAACAACUAUUUUUUUAUUUGGUUUUACUUAACGUUAUUUAUUAAGCAGAUGGUUGAAAUCCAUUGCCUUGUUUAUAGGCAAUGGAUGCCUGGAUGGAUGCCCUGCGAAGUUUGGCUCUGUUUAUACAGAGCCACAGUUCGCAGGGCAUGCCAGGAACACAUCUUGCAAUUUGCUGCCCUGUGUACAUCAACCUUGGGCGUAGGUAUUAAGCCUCAUUUUCCUGUAACUACACCGGCACCUACGCUCCUCAAUACGCAUUGCAGCAAUGCUGUUUUGCAGUAGAAAUAAGCUAUGCGGUAGCACUUCCCCGGACGAGUUCAGUCACAAAAAAAAUUACUACUAAACUAUUGCAGGCCAACAAAUGGCUGAGGUGUGAGGACUGCGGAGUCUCCCAGUUGCUCACAACGCCUGCGGUAGGCUGGCUUGGCAUUGCUUGCGUGCCGGUACUCCCAAUGAGUAUACAAAGAGGUUGAAUCACUGCAUACUCAUUACUCAACUAUUUAUAGUGAAUAUACCACUUAUGUACAGAGUGAGUUUGACGGUAUAAUUUUGCAGCUAUUCUUAUAUACUUUAAUUAUGUAUUAAAAAAGGCAUUCAAGGAAUCUUGAAAAAAGCAUCUUAUACUGCGCGAUUGCUAUAACUGCCAAACUCGA